UUUUGUCGGCAGGCGCUUUGUGAUUCUAAAACUACCUUUGCCUAUGCAAAGCAACGAGACACAAGGCUACACACCAGCACUCUUUAGUCAAUACUUCUUUGGGGUGUCACAGAGGGACAGGUUGGACUUACUUUGCUGUGGAGAGAACAGGGUACAGAUAGCAACGAGAGCAAUAGAGAGACGUCAUAAACCCAAUUUUGGUAGUUUAAGCCAAGUGGAACGACUGUGUGGAACAGGGUGAGAGGAAGAGGACGAAGGACAUCCGGGAGCUUGUGGGUUACAGGGAGGAGACCACCCCCCAUGCAGGGAGGGAGGGCAGUAUUUACUCAGUGCUCCGCGUCAGUCAAAGGGACUACAACAUCAUGCGGACGAUCGUCCAGGUGCCUGAGGAAAGUGCAGCACCUUUGAACCCCAGGCAGCCAGUGGUUCUACGGCCAGGCCGGCACAGAAGGCCCAUGACUGCUCCAAAGACCGAGAAAGAAAAGGCGUCUAAGAGGAGGAAAGUGCUGCUGACUGUCCUGGCAGUUGUCAUCGUGCUGGGAAUACUGGUCACCGCUGGAUACUUCAUCAAGGUGCUGAUUGACAGCAAAUAUUUCUUCUGCAAGAGUUCAGUGAAGUUCAUCCCCAUAGACCAGGCCUGCGACGGGAAAAAUGACUGUUCCGGGGGCGAGGAUGAAAUUACAUGCCUGUCGAAGUUUACGGUCAACACUACGUUUCCAGUGCGUCUCAUGACGGGGCAGCAGGUCCUGCAGGUGUACAGCACUGACCAGGGUUGGCGGAGUGUGUGUGGCGACGACUGGACCGAGCAGAACACGGCGACGGCCUGCAAUCAACUGGGCUACACAUCUAAACCCACUAGCACCAAUGUCCCGGUGAACACCUUGUCUUCCCUGAAAAAUGGACCAUUUACAGCCAUCAGACUUCGUUCUACAAACACGCCCAUACAUCUGGCUACCACAGACCGCGCUGUAUGCACAUCUGGAUUCGUCGUAUCCUUGUCGUGUUCAGACUGUGGCCGGGUGGCCUCAGAGGGACGUAUUGUCGGGGGUUCAGCUGCUUCAAUUGACCACUGGCCCUGGCAGGUUAGCCUGCAGCAGGGGGGCCAGCACACAUGUGGAGGCUCACUGGUGGCCCCGCGUUGGGUCCUCACUGCCGCCCACUGUUUCACGGGGAGUAAAAAGGAGCUGAGUCGCUGGAGAGUGAUGUCGGGCCAGACAUUAAUGAACACACUCGGCGGUUCCUAUGUGGACCGGAUCAUCUUGAAUGGAGACUACAACCCGGUGCGAAGCGACUAUGACAUCGCGCUGAUGAGACUCAGCAGCCCGAUCUCAGUGGGAGUCAGCAGCAAGCCGGUUUGUCUACCUCCCAACGCCUUUGGCCCUCCCCCCGAUGCCUCCAUGACUGUGACUGGCUGGGGAUACCUAGUGGAAAACGGGAAGGUCUCUUCCUCACUCCAGGAGGCCACUAUCCCUCUGAUCGACUGGGCUAAGUGUUCCAGCCCCUCAGUGUAUGGUAGUGCCGUAACCCCGAGGAUGCUCUGUGCCGGUUUACUGCAGGGUGGAGUGGACGCCUGCCAGGGGGACAGUGGGGGUCCGUUGGUGUACUUGACCUCCUCACAUUGGCAUCUGGUCGGCGUGGUGAGCUGGGGCGUCGGCUGCGCUCGGAAGGAAAAGCCGGGCGUUUACACGAACGUCGAGGAGAUGUUAAACUGGAUUCAUACGGUCGUCGAGCAAAACCCGUGAGGUCCUCCCUUUUGGAAGAGCAGCCACCUCAAGACUCUAGUCUUUGGAAGACAAAAAGCUGUAGUGAGACUAAAUGUGAAGCUGGGGAGACUGGAGCAGAGAAAGGGCAUGUUAAGAUCUAUCUCAGCAGCAACAUGGAUCAGCUGUUAAACACAGCCAUAUCACACACACGCGCAAUACAAAACCUCUUAUUUGUGCCAUUUCAGGUUGUUUUCUCAGGGGAUGUGUGUUUUUGUUUUGUUUCACUAGCUGGUCUGGGAUGGUUUAAGCUUCGACAAUGUUGUAAUUUGACGGACCCAAUUUAAUAAUCAAUGAAAUACUUCCUAAACGUUUUUGGUACUGAUGUGAUGACUUGGCAAUAAGUAUACUACCUGUUUACCAGACUGGCAGACCCCAACCAUAAUGUAAUUUAUUACUAUGUGCUGUGAUUUUAGGUUUUCAAUGUGUUAUGAGUGUUCAUACCACAAACGUCUUUAAUGUAAGGCAACAGACACUUUGUGCACGAAGGUUAAAAUCACAAAUAAUUUCAAGUGCAGGGCUUUAAGGCAUCAAUGGUGCUGAUUCAGUUGAUCUGAGGGUUCUGUUAAUACAACACAACUGCUGCGCUUACUUCCUACAACUGAUGCACUUUAAGUGGAGUGAGACUAACUUGACCCCACUGUACAUCUAGAAUGCAUGUUGAUAGUUUAAUGUAUCCCCCCCCCCCUCCAAAGCCAAAAUAUUCAGUGGUGGUCACUGAGGUUUUUAAGUUUAGGUGCUAAUCUGAAAAUAGGGGAAUUCUGGCCAAUAUUUCUUUAUUUUAAUUACUCAGUUUGUAGCAAACAAUUCAUUUAGCUAUAUUUCAGCUUAUUUUUGUAGUUUGAUUUUAAAACCUUUAAUUUAGACAGUAGCAUUUCUUUAAAGAUUUUGGGUGCCUCGGUGACUAAUAACGUCUGACUAAGAUACAUUUUUGUAUACUUGUAAAUACAAUAAAGCUAUUCUUAUGCAACUUA